GCGUGAUGCCCGUCCAUAACCUUGCUGGGCGACGGCUGAGGAUGCAGUUGCAGAAGCACUGACCGGAUAACUGCGAACAGGUAAAGCUGACCUCUGCAGACACACGGACUCCUCUGGACAUUAAAGCAAGUCCGUCCUGUCUGCGAGUAAAUAUCAUCAUGGAUUGGUCUCAGUCUGGAAAUGCGGAUGCCACGGUGGAGGCGGAUGGGAGCGUGAACACUGCGAUAGAUGAUACAAAUGAAGACAAAGAAAAACAUGACGAAGUCGUCCCUGUGCGUAAGGCAUCCUGGGAGCCCAGUGUGCUUUCCAGCAUUGGAAAGGAGAUCUAUUAUUUCGCCGGUCAUGAGAUCAGCAUCUGGGAGUCUCUCGAUUCAUUUGGUUCUGUCAUCUGGCCAGCAGCUCUAGCUCUGUGUCGCUAUCUUGAGUCCAACCAAGCGACGGUUGACCUUGUUGACAAGGCGGUGCUAGAGAUUGGCGCCGGCACAGGUCUCGUUUCCAUCGUGGCCAGUCUGUUGGGUGCUUGGGUGACAGCAACUGACUUGUCUGAAGUCCUCGGGAACCUGAGAUGCAACCUGUCCAGAAACACACGGGGCCGCUGCAGGUAUACGCCGCAGGUGGCGGAGCUCUCUUGGGGUUAUGAGCUCCAUAAGACUUUCCCUCAUUCGGUCUACAGAUACGACUACAUAUUAGCAGCUGACGUGGUCUAUCAUCAUGACUUCCUAGCAGAAUUACUGGUCACCAUGCGCCACUUCUGCCAGCCGGGUACAACCCUCAUAUGGGCCAACAAGACCCGCUUCGAUUCUGAUCUGGUGUUUGUGGAGAACUUCAAAAAAACUUUCAACACCACCCUGCUGGCAGACAACGGAGAGGUCAAGAUUUACUCCGCCACCACGAGAGAAGAAAGUGGAUUAGAGACGUCAAAAGAGACUAAAAGAGUGGACGAGGAUGAAACAGUCCACUGUAAGACAGAGAUGAAUGAAGGAAAGAUUAAACAGACUGAACAAAAGUUUGUAGAACAGGUUCAAGAAUAUGAAAAGAAAGAUGCACAAUUUAGAGAAGAGAAGGCUGCUGGGUGUGUUGAUGUGGAAAAGCAGGAGGAUGGAAAUCUGAACAAUAUCGAAGAAGACCUUGAAACUGUGGAUAGUGAAGAUGAAGACCACGACGGCUGCUGUGAGAUGGAUUCAGCGUUUGUAGAGCAGAAAUCUGAAGGAGGCACAGAGAAUGAUAACCAACGGGAGUGCAUGAGAUCCUGGGCCCCGACUAUUUACUACAGACCCGGGAAAGAAGUUUAUCAUUUUUUGGGCCAGGAAAUUACAAUUCAGGAGUCCAUCGAUUCUUACGGUGCUACUAUAUGGCCAGCGGCACUCUCACUUUGCCGAUUCUUGGAAACGCCGCAGAGUCGUCAACACAUUGAUUUACUCGACAAAUCAGUUCUUGAACUUGGAGCUGGAACUGGCUUACUUUCAGUUGUCAUCACGUUAUUGGGUGCCAAACUAACAGCAACGGAUUUACCCGAGAUACUAAGUAAUCUGAGAUACAACCUCAACAGGAACACGAGAGGCCGGCGGAGACAUGAGCCCCUGGUUGCAGAACUCUACUGGGGUCACAAGCUGGACGAGAUCUUCCCCAGAUCAACACAGAAGUAUGAUUAUGUGUUGGCGUCUGAUGUGGUUUAUCACCACGACUUCUUGGCCGAGCUGCUGGUCACCAUGCGUCACUUCUGCCAGCCGGGAACUACUCUAGUCUGGGCGAACAAGGUCCGCUAUGCUUCGGAUCUGGGCUUCAUUGACAACUUUCUUAGAUAUUUUGAAAUCACACUCCUUGAAGAUUUGGAUGAUGUGAGGAUUUACGUAGCAACCAGCAAGACACCAGAGCAGGAAGGUGACCAGGUUCAAGAGAUGAAUGAGGAAGAGGAGGACAAUUAUGAUGCUGGGGAUCCAAACUCUACAAACGAGACCGGAAACAAUGCAGAGGAAGUGGAACAUCUGGAGUGUGAUGAUGCUCAAACUCCAGAUGAGGCACAAGUAGAUGAAGAACACCAGGAUUUGGGAAGACCUGCGGAGGAAGAAGAACCACCAAAGCACAGAUCCUGGGCUCCCACCGUCUACUACAGUCUUUUCAAGGAGAUCUACUACUUUCUGGGUCAUGAAAUCAAAAUUGAAGAAGCCAUAGACCAUUAUGGCGGUGUGGUAUGGCCAGCGGCACAGGCCCUUUGCCGAUUCCUGGACACCCCAACGGGCCGACAGCAGAUUAAUCUACUUGACAAAUCAACGCUGGAGCUCGGAGCAGGAACAGGCCUCGUCUCGAUAGUUGCCACACUUCUUGGUGCUAAACUGACAGCCACGGAUCUUCCAGAAACCCUCGGUAAUCUGAGAUGUAACUUGAACCGGAAUACCAGGAGGCACUGGAGACACGAGCCUCAGGUUACAGCAUUGCAAUGGGGCUACAAACUGGAGGAGAUGUUUCCCCGUUCCACCCAUCAUUACGAUUACGUGCUGGCAGCUGAUGCGGUCUAUCACCACGACUGCCUCGCUGAGCUUCUUGACACCAUGCGUCACUUCUGUCAAACAGGGACAACUGUAAUCUUUGCAAACAAGGUCCGGUAUCAGUCAGAUCUGGUAUUCAUUGAGAACUUUCAGAAAGCUUUUAACACCACGUUACUCGUAGAGCUGGAUGAGGUGAGGAUUUACUCAGCUACCCUGAGAAUCUGAGGAUGUGAACUUUAACGCACCGCUUUGAGAAGGCUUUCUGAACUCCACUGCUGGCACAGGUAGAGGAGCUGAAGAUAUGUGGCUCUGGCUCACGAUGGUUUAAGUUCACACUGCAGACAAUUCACAUUGGUGUUUUAAAUCAAUCUGCCAACACCGACGUUUGCAAGUUACCAAAACAGCAUCUUUAGGCAAUGUAGUGAAUUCCCAGAUGUGUUCAUUUGGCAUCCAAACACUGGCCAAGACCUACAACAAUAGGCUGGCAGUGUUAUAAUAUUUGGAUCGGCCCAAUUCUGUUUUGCUAAUUUGUCAAUUUUAUUACAAACAACAGUUAACACACUGAAUUAAACAUGAUUUUUUUUUUUUUGUAGUAGAAAGACUGAAAUAGUAUUUUAAAUUUGGCAAUAUUUAAAAAUAUUUAAUAUUAGAAUAUUUUUAUAAUAUGAAAAUGUACUCCAAUAAUAUUUGUUUUAUUUCCUAGAAUGGCAGAAAUAAAAACCAGCUGAAAUGUUUCCUAAAAAUAGUUACAGAUUUGAUCAAUGAUAUAUAAAUGUAAUGUAAUAUAAUAUAUCAUACAAAUUCUAAAAAUAAUAAUACACGAAAAAAUGUGUGUAUUUUAAUUUUUACUCAGAAAUUGCUAGUAAUAUUUACAAAUAAUUACAAAGAAUCAAUAAUCUUUGUUUUAACUUGGAAAACUCCUUUUUACAGUGUAUUAAAGAAACAUUCUUUUUAACACAAUUAUUAAAGUAUAAUAUUAAUUUGGUUUAAUAAAAAAUAAAAAGAAAUUGUUUCACAUUUUUGUUCAGAAUAUACAUUUAUGUGAUUGCGUGUGUUAUUAGAAGAGAUUCAUUCCAGUGUGAACAGUCAGAUCAGAUUUGAUUUGGAUUGAAGUCAUUCUGAUUUGAUCAAAAGAACAGUAUGAACAUUAAAACCUCAAGAUUCGAAAAACAAAUCUGAAUUGUCUGCACUGAAAAUAAAGCCAUGCCGAUUAUAGACGCUUAUGAAAAUGAAUCAAGAUUGAAAUUUUGUUUUGUGAACCUAGACUACAACAGGAUAGAGAAUUUAUGAAGAGUUUGUUACUAAACCUUUGCACAAAUAUACAAUAAAUACUGUAAUGAAUUAUUCAUGAAACAAAAAUUCCAACAAAACAUGGGCAUAAUUAUUGAACCUUUAAAAAAAACACAUCCGGAGGAUAAAAUGGUGAGUCUGGAAAAGACAGUGAACUCUGUAGUAGUUGUUGCAAUUGAAAUGUUUAUUGUAUAUUUGUGCUGUUUAUUAAUAUGUUUGCAGACAAUUAUUAAACAGUAAAUAAGUUUAAGAUGUUUAAAUUAUUGAAAAACAAUGUAAAAUACUGAGAAAACAGUUCUUACCGUGCUGUAAUGGGAGAACGCUGCGUUAAAAGUUAAUUUCAGAUGAAAUGCAUUUCUUAAUGAAAAUUAAUUAUUGUGCUAUGCACAUACGAGUGUGCAAGACUAUGAUCUCAC